GCGCCGGCAUUUUCAUCAAGCCAUUUUUGCAACCGGCAUCACAAUUUGGCGUCAUUCAAAUAAUCCUUUGUUGUGUGAUUGUGUGAGGGCAGUUUAACGAAAGUUGAAGACAGGCGAAGGUGGUGAUAAAGUUCCAGAGAAACAUUGUAAAGAGGUGGAAGAUUUUUUUUGUUGUUUUGAAAAAGUUUGAAAUUGAAAAAAAUACUGUACCAAACGACAAAUAAAACUAUCAAGAGCAGAAUUUUUUUUCGCUGGUAUUCUCCCGAAGUGAAGAAAAAAAUCUGUAUAAAGCGAAAGGAAAACAAAGCGUAGUUGUAAGAGCGCGAAAAUAAGUGAAGAAGAAGCCAAGUCAACGCCAAAUAAUCAACGGACGCUUGUGGUGGCUGUCCAAUAACUAGCGCAAACCAAUAUAUAAACAAAGGCAAAAAAAAUACAACAAAAAUGGCAGAUACAAAAGUAGAAUCCUCUGGUGAUUAUGAUAUUUCUUCAUCUGAGGAAGGUUCAUCGUCACCUGUGACAGCAGCUGUACCGAAAAAACGCGGACGCGAGGCAGCUACCACGGAAAAUGGAAAACCCAAAAGACCGGUUGGCCGUCCGAAAUCUGCCAAAAAGAACAGUACCGUUAUUGUAGCCACGGGCAAGGGACGCGGCCGUCCAAAGAAAAUUCCGGUUAAUAAUGACGACGAUGUUUCUGAUGUCGAUGACGACGAUGAUUCAAGUGAUGCCGCUGUUUCAGCUAAGAAGGCGAAAGUUGAGACCAGUAAACCGUCUAAGUCGGGUCGAGGCCGUGGUCGUCCAAGGAAGGUCAAGAAUAGUGAUGAUGAGAGAUCGGGCAGGGGACGCGGUCGCCCAAGAAAAACUCCCAUCAGUAACGACGAGGAUGUGUCUGAUGCUCAAGGAAAUGAUUAUUCAAGUGAUGCCGCCGAAUCAAAUGUUGAAGCCAGUAAGUCAUUAACGGGUCGGGGACGAGGUCGUCCAAGAAAAGUCCAAAAUAGUGGUGAUGAGAGUUCCGAUGAUAAAAUGGACGACGACGAAGUCAAAAAUCCACCUGGACGCCCCUCUUCCGGCGGUGUAAAUCUCAACAUUUCACGCUCUGGCCGUGGACAAGGACGUCCACGAAAAGAUGUUGCUGCUAAAAAAGAAAAUGGCUCUGCUGAUGAUGUUGCUACUGCUCCCAAGAAACGUGGUCGGAAACCGGGUUCAGGCGCCAAUAAACCUAAACCUGCAGCGGGCGGUACUGGAAGAGGACGUGGCAGGCCACCAAAAAAUGCCGCUGCCAAGAAAGACGAGAAAAAUGAUGAAAAAGAUGAGGAUCUAGACGAUGAAGAAGAUGAGGAGAAACACAAGGACGACGAUGAUGAGGAGGAGGAAGACAACGUCUCAAAUAAAGACGACAAAGAAGAGGAGGUGGACAAAAAUAACGACAAUGAUGCCGAACAGGUUGACAGCGACUAAACAAAAAAAAGUAGUGGUGGGACAAAAUCAGUAUGCCUAUAUUUUAAGAAAGAACAAACAAAAAACAAUACUGUAUUAUUAUUAUAAUGUGUUUUCGAUUCAAUCGCGACUAGUAGUCCCGCCGUCACCAAGUUAUCAAUUUCCUCCUGGGGGACUACCGUAAAAAACAUCACUUUCUCCACAUCAUCAAAUCGAUAGCGCGAACACAUGAAAUUUAUCAAGUAAUGUCUUUAUAAGAAACUAUUUUAGAUAAGUUUUAACACAAAUGAGCGGAAAAAUUAAUUUCAUUUUGUUUUUUCUUUUGAAGAAAAUCAAAAGACAAAAACAAAUACUCUUUCUUCUUUUAUGAGGGAAAAACUUCAUUAUAAUUCCAUAAUUUAUUGAAAUUAAAUGGUUUGUGUUUAUUUUCAUAAUUUUCAUAAAGAGAAAACCAUUUUUCAAAUUUAUGCUACGUAUCAUCAUAAUCCAAUGACAGAAAAUUCGUUCAGGACGCUGAUUUUGCAUUUCAACAUAUAGUAUGUAUAGUUUUUUUUUUAAGAAAUUUCUUAAUGAAGUUUUGAACAACUUAAUUCUAAAGAAAUCCAUUAAAUGUAGAAAAUAAACAAAUAUUGACAAAAAUAUAUCAGAAGAACCCUUAAA